UCCCCCGGGCCGCGUCCGCAGGCUGAGCCCAGGCGGGCCGCGGCGAGCACCCCGCAGCUCCGCGCCCCCGCCCGGCCCCGCUCCCCGCGGAAAGUUGGGCUGCGGCGGGCGGCGUUCGGGAAAGAGCGAGGCGGCAUGAGGGGGCACCGAGGGGGCGCCUAAGACACCGGGAAGGCGGCGCCGCGCGAGGGGACAACUUCGCCCGGGAGCCCGCGCCCGCAGCCCCCGGCCGGGGCUCGCGGUGGUUCCUCCCGUCCCUCGCUCGGCCUCCCCCUCCCCGCCGAUCGAGACGCGGACCUUGGUCCCGGCGGCUCCGCGGCGGUGACACGAGCCCGCCUCAGCCGCCGCCUCGGUCUCCUGCCGCGCCGCCACCUUGCCCGCACCAUGGAGUUCUCCGAGAGGAAAAGAAGCAGGAAAUCCCAGAGCUUCAAACUGGUGAGCCGAGAUUAUCACCAUGAGGUGUAUAAGAUCUCAGAAUUCAACAACGAUGUUAAUGGGGAGACCAAAGAGACACAACCCAUUUUUUUAGGAGAUGAAAACAUGGAAAUUAAAAAACAGAUUACAGGGAUGAGAAGAUUGCUGAACGACAGCACUGGCAGGAUAUACCAGCGUGUUGGCAAAGAAGGAGAAAAACUCAAAGAAGAGCCCCAGGAUAUGGAGUUAGUCUGGCCUCAGCGUCUGAACUCCGCUGCCGAGGCCCCGCAGGGCCUCCACCCUCCUUCACGUGGGGCAUGGAAUGAACUACCAACCCAAAGCGGGCAGUUCUCAGGGCAGUAUGGUACCCGUUCUAGAACCUUCCAGAAUCAGCCCCACACCUCUGCAAGUUCCAAUGGAGAACUUCCAGGGGUGAAUUCAUCAGCUGGAUCCAACUGUUGUACUUGUAACUGCCAGUCAACGUUGCAGGCCAUUCUCCAAGAACUCAAGACCAUGAGGAAAUUAAUGCAGUUUCAAGCAGUUGGAACUCAAAACAGACAACAACCCCCAAUUUCCCUUAUAUGCUCCCAGCGAACUGCUGUCUCACGCAAGAGAAAUAAAAAGAAAAAGGUGCUCCCAAAGACUGUGGAACCUGUGACUGUGAAACCAAAGCCCAGUCCGUUGGAAAUUGAGAAGAAGCCAGCAGCCGUGGCCACAAGGCCAUCUGGUCUCCAAGCCGCAGAGCACACCUCCACUGAGGAGAGCCACGUCCUGGGAUUUGGCAUUGUUCUCGAAUCGCCUUCCUCAGAUCCAGAAGUGCAACUUGCUGAAGGCUUCGAUGUGUUUAUGCCUAAGUCUCAGCUGGACUCUAUAUUGUCAAACUACACUCGCUCAGGAAGCCUUCUGUUUAGAAAACUGGUGUGUGCAUUUUUUGAUGACAAGACUUUGGCUAACUCCUUACCCAAUGGGAAGAGGAAAAGAGGACUCAAUGACAACCGAAAAGGACUAGACCAGAACAUCGUGGGUGCAAUCAAAGUCUUUACAGAAAAGUACUGUACUGCGAACCAUGUGGAUAAACUUCCUGGCCCAAGAGACUGGGUACAGAUUCUGCAGGAUCAGAUUAAACUGGCCAGAAGAAGGUUAAAAAGAGGCUCAGCAGAGGCAGCUGACGGUGAUGAAAGACUGGACGGCAUUUCUCUACCACCAACAGAUCCCGGGAGACGAUGGGCGUGCAGUCCCAUUAGGGUUCCAUUUUGCGUGGUUCAGUCUUCACAUUACAAUGUUUGGCAUCAGUCUACCCAAAGUUCAUUCCAGUGUAAGCUCAUUUCUUCACUUCCUUUCUUAAGUUCUGUUGAGGCUUGGAGGUGAUAAAGAAGGAGGUAGACUGUUGGUAGAUAUUGGUAGACACAGACACAAACUGCUGAGCGGCACGGCGUAUGUCUUUAAAGGGUUUAUCAUUUUCUUAGGUUCUGUUGAGGCUUGGAGGUGAUAAAGAAGGAGGUAGACUCUUGGUAGACAUUGGUAGACACAGACACAAACUGCUGAGCGGCACGGCGUAUGUCUUUAAAGGGUUUAUCAUUUUCUUAGGUUCUGUUGAGGCUUGGAGGUGAUAAAGAAGGAGGUAGACUCUUGGUAGACACAGACACAAACUGCUGAGCGGAGCGGCGCGGCAUAUGUCUUUAAAGGGUUCAUCAUUUUCUUAGAUUCUGUUGAGGCUUGGAGGUGAUAAAGAAGGAGAUAGACUCUUGGUAGACAUUGGUAGACACAGAUACAAACUGCUGAGCGGCACGGCGUGUGUCUUUAAGGGGUUCAUCAUUCUGGAAGAAGAGGGAAAGAGGUCACAGAUUGGCUCUUAGAUUCUGAGUAUCAAAUAAUCUUGAUAGCACACUUCGUGGUUGCCUUCUAAAGUAAAAUCCACAAUGUGGCCGGGUUGCCAUGGUUACAGUGUUGCUGCACAUCACCCCUCCACAUGCCCUGACGGCCAUCCAAAGCAGUGGACACCUGUCAUAUACACAUAGUUGCAAUGGCUCAGCCUCACCGGCAGAGCUGUGGAAACAACACAUUCAAACCACAUCCCCAGCUCCUCAUUCAUCUGAGCUGACCAAAGUUGAUCCUUUGUGAAGAUCCAGUGGUGCUUUUUUACUUUAAAUGUCUUUUUGUUCCUUUAAAUUUUGUAUCAAGGAGAGAUGAGGGAAGAUGUUGCUGUGAGCCUCUAAUGAUCAGGGCAGAAUUACAUUCAGUCAGUCAGAUGGCCUUUGUUUCCAGCUACAGUUAAGCCUCAAAAGGGGCCUCAUGUAGCCCAGGCUAGCCUCUGGCUUUGCGUUCCUGAUCCUCUCACCCCGCCUCCUGAGUGCUGGGACAUAGGCAUGGACAUCACACCCUGCUGAAAUGUGUUACCCUGUUCAGUGAGCCUUGUGAGCAGCAGUCAGCACCGUUCUUGGGUCUGAUGCCGCCCUCAGACAGGGGCGAGACAGAUGUGGAGGAGCAGUCGAUCAGGAACUGCUCCCAGAAUCUGGGAACAGUUGACAUUUAAAGAAAAAGUGUGUAAAGUCGAAUCAAAGUAGUUCCUUUUCAGUUUGAAGAUUGGGCCUCUGGACUUGACAGGGUAAUGUGUGUCUGGACUUAGCAAUUUACAUUAUCAAUCAGCGUUCUUUUGUGGGUUUUGUGUUUUAGAAAGCCCGAGUAAGAAAAUGUACUUAAUAUUACUACUCAGAGACACUGUUGGUGCUGUUUCCCCUACAUUCAACUUUUCUCUCUUUGGUUUAUUUAUCUAAUGAAGAUCAAAUAUACGGAGUUUGUCUCCUGAGUUCUUUGACUUUCACCUAAGAAGCAUUUUUCCCACUCUAUCCAAGUCUGCACACGCAUUACUAGCUAUUUAAUAGUGUUUUCAGGUAAGUCAUAUUUAGCUAUUUUCUAUUGCUGGACUAUACAUCACUAAUGGUAAUAUCUAGUCAUGGGCUUUCUUGUUUUAAAAUCAUCAAAAAUUCCUAAUUCUUGAAAUUAUUCAUCUAGCACAAUUAAAGCUGAUGCUUUAGUGACUUAACUGGACAGCACAGGCGUGUACCCCACCCCCAAUCCCUUCUCCACCCAGCCCUGGCCGUGUGAGAAAAUGCACAGCUCUGCCUUGUCGACACAGCUCCCUCACUGUGUUGUCUCUGUCGUAGGUAAUGUGUUUGUCAUCAGGAGAGACACCGUGGAGGACCCAGAGCCAGGUUCCAUCGCCUAGACCUGGAUUGUAGCAUACUCUUGCAUUUCCUCAAAGGUCCACGGAGGAGUUGAGGUUCCUGCAGUGUGGGUGUUCUGUGGUGGCUUGUCCUGUCUGAAUAAUUUCUUUGUAACAUGUGGUAUCACAACUCCGAUUUGGCAUAAUCUUUUCUUAAAAGAAAUCAUGCUUAGAGUUGUUACCUUUUAAAAGUCCAGCGUGUGACCCAUCAUAAAGAAGCAGUUCUCUUCCCGUUUCUAUUCAUUCACAGUCUCUGUGUGAUACACAGUCUUUUUAAACAUAUUUAUUUGAUUGUAAUUGCGUAGCUGCAUGCAGAGGAAACCUCUUUCUAGGACUGAUGGAGGUUACGAAGCAGCCCUAACUAACCCUUCAGCUUAGAGAAGGAAAGGCCGUUCUGGGCGAUGGGAUAGCUCUGACCUGGUCUGUGAAGUCAUGUAUGACGUCAGUCAUAGUAACCCAAAACAGUCAUUCAGAACUGAAGUACCAGUGAUGUAGGAGUUUUUAGGAAAUAAAGCACUUUCACAUAAUUUAUGAUGAUGUAGUGGCAAAAGAGUGAAAGUAACCAGCCGUCAAGCAUCUGACUACGGUUUAAACGGAGUGGCUUUGACCCUGUGUUCAUGUUCGUUCUAUAGCCUAUUUGGUCCUCAUAUACUUGCCUUCCACUUUAUGUAAAACUAAAUAUGAGAAAAAUCUGGGUUUAUUUUAAAGAAAUAUUUGCUGUGUGGAAAUUUGUUUUACCGAAAUAUUUACCUCCACAUUUGUUUUGCUAAUGAAAUAGUGCAUUGAAAUACACUCGCAUUUACACCAUAUUUAUCAUGUAAAGCAAUUGCCUUGAAUCUUGGGCACUUGACACAGAAAGCCAAAAUUGCCAUAAAAGUCAUAUAUGUGACUGUCAAUCCACCAAACCCCAGGGAUAAAAACUACCGUGACAGACGCUUAGCCUUUCCCGAGUGUUCGUUUCAGCCGCAGGUUAGAACCACCAGUUAGUGCUGCUGGGGCUGAGUCCCACCCCCUGCUUUGCCCGACAGAACUGAGAAAUAGGGAUGCGGUUGCCUGGGGUCAGGUCACCCUUCCUGGCCAGCUGGACAUAGAACCUGGACAUCCAGUGUACCGUAUUACCUCAUACUGAACAUGUACUAAAGAUCGGAGGACUAGGGCAGUACUCCACUGAGACCAGCUAAUCAAUGAGGAUGAUAUGUGAUAUCCCCGGAAUGUGACGACAUGUGCUUUUAGGUGUUGCUUGUAGUCCAUUUAGCAACUAGACGGCAGCAUCUCAUAUGUGUUCCUUCUAUGUCUCCUCCUUUGGAGCAACAGGGUCGGCUUGGAAAUUUCCCAUCACAUCCUUCAGUUACUGAUUUCUGUUUCCAGCCGGCCCUAAACCUUUUGUUUUAUUGAGUGGACUGAUGAGUGGCAGACAUACCAGGACUUUCAUUUAAUUCUGCAACAGUUCCUGAAAAAAAAAAAGUCAUCUGCCUCCUAGAAUGAAUUACUCCUCAAGGGAAUAGAGAAGCUGAACUAGUACCCUUCAGUCUAUGAAAUGGUGGUGAAUUUGUUUUCAGUACAGGGAGAACAUAUACUCACCACUGUAGGCCUGUUCAGUAUGCACUAUAAACCUUCAGAACACACUUCCUUCGGAGCCUCGGUGACAGCUUGGAGUUCACAAUACUUGAGGAGGGUAGGCAUCGUUCAACUCACAGAUAAGUGCAAUGGAUUCACAAAUUGGAAAGGCAGAUCAAAACUGCAACAGUAAAAUCAUAUUUUGUAAGUUUAAAUUGUAUUUGUGUUAACCUACUGUGACUACUGUUCAGCUUUGUUCAGAAACCCUUUUUAUAGGCUUUCUUAGCAAAAAAAAAAAAGGUCCAUAUCUAUGGAUAUGUCUCAGUCUUCUGUACAUAUGUUUUAUUAAUAUGUAAAUAUUCAGAUUUUUUAAAAUUACUAUGUUCUUUUAAAAAGAAUUCAGUGCAAAGCUAGUUGUGAAAAUGGUGUGUAACACUGUGUUGUGAUAUCAACUCCCAAGAUGCCCUUUAUGUCCAUUCUGGAAAAAUAAAAUAAAUUACUUUAAUUGAA